UAAAAUAAAAUUAUAAAUUUGUCAUAAAUCGACAGAAGCUAAUUAAAAAUGUUGCGAAGAAAUUACACACUGGAAAGGGUCGAAAUGAUCAGACGGUAACGGACACGAAAUUAUAGCUUCGGAGGUCCAUAGAUAUACUUAUAAAGACAGUGACGAAACUCGUUCAGGUAUGAAAGUUCAAAUUACGUCGUCAGAAGGGAAACUGUAAUUCGAGCUUAUGGCGUGUAUAGUUUCUCGUCGAUCGAAUCGAGAGUCUCAUGGAGAUUAUUAUUCCCGCACGCACUUGUAACGUGCCCAGCCAAGUAAAAUGGAGUUAAUGGUAAAUGUAGUGGUUGCAAAAAGUACACACCAUUGUAUUUAUUGUAGCAUUUAUACUAAUUAAAACCAAAUAUAUUAAAUUUCCUAGUACUAAUAUCUAGUAGCAGUUUCACAUGAUUUGAAAAUGUGAUACUGUGAAAAUGGAAUGUGUAUAGAACUUAACAAAAAAAAGCUUUAUUGGAAAACAAGAGUAUUAUAUAGCCACUAUAUGUAUAUGCUUAAUUUGAAAACUGAUAUUAAAUUUGCAAUUAAAAAUAAAUUGAAAUUAAUUUAAAAUAAACAUAAAUAUAAGAAUGAAAUAAAAAUAUAUUUUUGUUAAUAGAAGUUGAUGGAAGCAUGGUACGCGAAAGCGGAACAUGGAGAGGUUGCAAGAGAUACGAAGUGAAGUAAACGUGCCUUAGGGCAAUGAUGCAAUAACGGCGAAUCCCUUCCAAAUUGAUCGACGUUCUUUGACCAGCAAACUGGAUUUUUCUGAAAUAACAGAGAACGGCGUGUACGCUAUAAGCGACAGGGACCCUAUCGGACCUCACAAUAUGUCACCGCUACGCCAGCAUUGAGUAUUGCGCAAAGAACUCCUUUUCCAAUCCAUUAGUGACGAAUUACUCGAGACGAUAAAUGAAGUCAGCCAACUUAUCGGUUGUCCUGUGACACUGAUCAGAAACCAGACCGGAAGCACGUGUUACAAUCGCAAAUAAUGUUGGUCGAGAAGAUAGGUUAUGCGGCGAUUAUAUAUUGGGGCUACAGACUUUCCCGUGAUGUAAUAUACCGAAUAUACAAGAACUUUUUCUCAGUAUCUGUAGUUGAUUUAUGUUCAAUGGGUAAGUGGGCAGUAGUCACAGGAUGUUCUCAUGGAAUUGGAAGAGCGUACGCGGAGGCAUUAGCGAGGAUGGGUUUGAACGUGAUCCUGGUCAGUCCUGAUACGGAGAAUUUAAAGUCUAUCGCGAGUAAUAUCGAGGCGAUGUACAAUGUGAAGACAAAAGUAAUUAAGCUGGAUCUGUCGGAAGGUCUGGAGACGUACAACGUGAUCGAAAAAGAAAUGUUCGGCUUGGAGAUCGGUGUGUUGAUAAAUAAUCUCGGCAUGUCAUAUCCGCAUCCGGAAUAUUUCCUGGAUCUUCCUCACAAGGAGAAGAUCUACAUGAGUAUCGUUCAUUGUAACAUAGUCGUUGUAACGAAUAUGUGUCGAAUCCUAUUACCACAAAUGGUUGUUAGAGGAAAAGGAGUCAUAGUGAACGUAGCCUCGAUGGUGGCUGUGUUGCCGAGUCCUUUAUUGACAGUGUUUGCUGCAACAAAGGCAUACAUUGUCAAAUUUAGCAGAGACUUACAGAUAGAAUAUGGAAAACAAGGUGUAAUCGUGCAGUGUUUGUUACCAGGCACAGUGACAAAUCAUACGACAGAGUCACCGCGAUCAGGAUGGCUAGUUCCUACCCCUGAAAAAUACGUUCAGAGUGCGAUCAGGACUAUAGGCAAAGAAAACGUGACCACCGGAUUCCUGCAACAUUCUAUUUUGAUUGGAAUAAUCAAAUUUAUUUACCGAAUAUCACCGAGUUCCAUCAUCGUUUGGAUGAUCAAUAUCAUGGAAGGAAAUCGGAAUAACGCACUUCGUCGAUAUGUCGGAUGACUUUGUAGAAAUAUACGGAGUUUUAUUUAAGGGAAAUGUUUCCUUAUUUUCCUUUCUUUUAUAUUAUAGAAUAAUGGUAAAUUCUAGAUAUAACUAAACCUUACAGUUAGUGUGGGAGAAGAUAUUGUUCCUUUCAAAACUUUUUAAGAUAACUUGAAUUUAAAUUUAAAUAAGAAACCGGAAAUGGACAGUGCGCUUCGGCACAUGAUCGAGACUAAAAUUGGAUUUUUAGCAUGAUUAUAUAUAUAUGUGUAGCAUAUAAAAUGUUAGAAACUAAUAGUUAUUCAUCUGAAAAAUGACGAAAAAUUGUAAAAAGUGCGUUUAAAUUUAAAAAUAUGAGUGUGGUUAUGACUCA